GAGAUGUCUGGACGAGGCAAAGGUGGCAAAGGACUCGGGAAAGGCGGUGCAAAACGUCAUCGUAAAGUGCUCCGUGAUAACAUCCAAGGCAUUACCAAGCCUGCUAUCCGCCGCCUGGCUCGCCGCGGAGGAGUGAAGCGAAUCUCCGGCCUGAUCUAUGAAGAGACCCGCGGGGUGCUGAAGGUGUUCCUGGAGAAUGUGAUCCGGGAUGCCGUCACCUACACUGAGCACGCCAAGAGAAAGACCGUCACCGCUAUGGAUGUGGUGUACGCGCUGAAGCGCCAGGGGCGCACUCUCUACGGGUUCGGGGGCUAGAGAUUUGGACGCGAAACACGAACACAAAGGCUCUUUUAAGAGCCGCCCACCGUUUCAUUUAAGGAGCUUUGAAUUAUAAAUCAAACUGCACUUAGAAAAAGAGCAACAUUUUUAAAAUGGAAGAAACACAUGCUUAUAAAGAAUGUUUUACGUUGUUGAUCACUAGGUUUUUGAUUACAAUAUUUUUCUUUUUAGCUAGCAGGUGGUAUAUUUUCCGUAGCCCCUAAACACAGAUCGGGAUCUUUUCAUGAAACGUUUAAGCUUGUAAAUGGAUCUAUUGAAUGGAAUACGAACUCCGUUAAACCAAGUUCCCCUGUUGUGCAGAAAUAAAGCCCCGUAACAUUUUUAGUUCUUACCCAAUUUAGUUUUCCUAAACCGUUAAAAUAAAAGCAGUAAAUCUUGACCAAAGUUUAUUGAAUCCACAGCAUCGUCUUUACUGAAUUCGAGGCGAAGUAUCACCAUUCAAGCUGCUGUGAAACAAUCGCUAUCUUAAACAGAAGCCCAAAGUCAAGAAGCAUCGAUAUUGAUAUUGAGUUUCAACACGUUUAAUGAGCGCAAAAAAGUGACCUGGGGUUGAAAAUAUAUCUGUAUUUGUUAUAUAUUUAAAACGCAUCGGGAGUGGGGUUCAGUAUUACUGUACAUUGAAUUAUUGACGCAUUUAAUAAAAGAAAAACCAAACAUCUGAAGUGUGCGUUGUAAAAAAAGGCGCCAAGUUCAAAUCUGAACUAAAAAUAAAAACCACUCCGCCCGCGGCAAAGUCACCACCCCUUCCUUUGCGUUUUAAGAGCACAACCAAUCACAGCGAAGCACUCCGCCCCUCCGGGAGCGUUGGUUGGUUCGUAGUUGAACAGUCUCAAUGUGAAGGAUUGUUGGGUAGUAAUUUGCAUACAGGCUGUAUAAAUACUGGGGCUCAUGGCCUGGUUACUCAUUCAUCUUUGAGCUGCAUCAGAGAAACAAAAUGCCAGAACCGAAAGCUGCACCCGCGCCGAAGAAAGGCUCCAAGAAGGCUGUUGCCAAGAGCCAGCCUAAGGGAGGAAAGAAGCGCAGAAAGAGCAGGAAGGAGAGCUA